AUGUUGGGGAAGAGCAUUUUGUCUUUGCAGGUCAAGGAAGGCAUGUUUUGCACGUUCAGUGGAAAACUUGAGGAGCCGGGUGACAACAAGAUCGAAGAUGUGUACCAUGCAGAGCACAUGGGUCAGCCCUCAUUGACGCAGCAUAGACAACAUGUUCUUCCUGUUAUCAGUGAAGAUUGGAUGAAAUGCUUUCAUAUAAGUCAAAUUUUACCUCCCUCUUAUGAAGUAGAAGAUAAUCAAGCAAAGUUUGUCAGUAGUAAAACUAAACAUAAUCUGGAUGAAAUGUCUGCGAGUUCUCAAUGUGAGAAUUUUUUUGAAAAUAAAUUGCACCUUUAUAUACACAAGGAAAUUCACAAGGAUAAAAGGACAUUUCCAUGUUUAGAAUGUGAGAACAAUUUUAAUACAAAAGCACAUCUUGUUGAACAUCAGAGAAUUCACACAGGAGAGAAGCCAUUUCCAUGUCCAGAAUGUGGGAAGAGUUUUAAGCUUAAGCAUCAUAUUGUGGUACAUUUGAAAACCCAUACAGGAGAGAAGGCAAAUUGCUGUUCAAAAUGUGGAAAAAGUUUUGCUCAAAAAUCACAUCUUGUUCAACAUCUCAGAAUCCACACAGGAGAGAAGCCAUUUUCAUGUGCAGAAUGUGGGAAAUGUUUUAAUCAGAAACAACAUCGUGAUAAACAUGAGAAAACUCACACAGGGGAGAAGCCAUAUUCAUGUCCUGAAUGUGGGAAAUGUUUUAAUCAGAAACCACAUCUUGAUACACAUCAGAGAACUCACACAGGAGAGAAGCCAUAUUCCUGUCCUGAAUGUGAGAAGUGUUUUACUGAGAAAGCAAGUCUUAUUAAACACCAAAAAAUUCACACAGGAGAGAAGCCAUUUUCAUGCCCCGAAUGUGGGAAAUGUUUUAAUCAGAAACCACAUCUUGAUAAACAUCAGAGAACUCACACAGGGGAGAAGCCAUAUUCAUGUCCUGAAUGUGAGAGACGUUUUAAUCAGAAAUCGCAUCUUGACACACAUCAGAGAACUCACACAGGAGAGAAGCCAUUUUCCUGUCCUGAAUGUGAAAAAUGUUUUAGUUUGAAAACCGAUCUUAAUAAACAUCUGAGAAUUCACACAGGAGAGAAGCCAUAUUCAUGUCCUGAAUGUGGAAAAUGUUUUAAUCAGAAACCACAUCUUGAUACACAUCAGAGAACUCACACAGGAGAGAAGCCAUAUUCAUGUCCUGAAUGUGAGAAGUGUUUUACUGAGAAAGCAAGUCUUAUUAAACAUCAAAAAAUUCACACAGGAGAGAAGCCAUUUUCAUGCCCGGAAUGUGGGAAAUGUUUUAAUCAAAAAGCACAUCUUGAUAAACAUCAGAGAACUCACACAGGGGAGAAGCCAUAUUCAUGUCCUGAAUGUGAGAGACGUUUUAAUCAGAAUUCGCAUCUUGACACACAUCAGAGAACUCACACAGGAGAGAAGCCAUAUUCAUGCCCUGAAUGUGAAAAGUGUUUUACUGAGAAAUCAAGUCUUGCUAGACAUCAGAGAAUUCACAUGUUUGGCUUUGACAGCAACAAAAAUUACUAG